AUGGGUUGUUGUCAGUCAAGUAUAGAUAGAAAAGAGAUAGUGUCUCGUUGCAAAGCGAGGAAGAGAUACUUGAAACAGCUUGUUAAAGCUAGACAAACUCUCUCUGUCUCUCACGCGCUUUACCUCCGUUCUCUACGCGCCACCGGCUCUUCCCUUGUUCACUUCUCCUCCAAAGAAACCCCUCUUCACCUCCAUCCUCCUUCUCCAUCCCCGCCUCCUCCUCCUCCUCCGCCGCCUCGCCCUCUUGCUCCUCCUCUAAGCCCUGGCUCCGAAACCACAUGGACCUCCACCACAAACUCCUCUGCUCUCCCUCCUCCGCCGCCACCACCACCACCACCACCUCCGCCGUCCUCCACAUGGGACUUCUGGGAUCCGUUUGUUCCGCCGCCUCCUUCUUCCUCAGAGGAAGAGUGGGAGGAAGAGACAACCACCGGAACCGCCACUGCAACCCAAACCGGAACAGCUUCCGACACUGCUGCAACGACUGCUCCAACCACAUCCACUCCUCAAGCUUCUUCGGUAGUGAGUGGCUUCUCUAAAGACACAAUGACGACGACAACAACGACGGGAAGCGAGUUAGCAGUUGUGGUGCCGAGGAACAGUAAAGAUCUGAUGGAGAUUAUCAAAGAAGUCGAUGAAUAUUUCCUUAAAGCUGCUGAUUCCGGCGCUCCACUCUCCUCUCUCCUUGAAAUCUCUACCUCUAUCAGCGCAACUACAACAGCUUUCUCUGCUCAUACCAAAGGAGGGAAAAUGUACAGUAACUACGAAUGCAAUCUGAAUCCGACGUCGUUUUGGACAAGAGGAUUUGCUCCAAAGUUGAAUGAUUACAGAAAUGCAGUAGUAGUAGUAGGAGGAGGAGGAAAUUGCAUGGUUGGUAGCCAUUCCUCUACAGUGGACAGACUCUAUGCUUGGGAGAAGAAGCUCUUUCAAGAGGUUAAGAAUGCAGAGAGCAUAAAGAUGGAGCAUGAGAAGAAAGUGGAGCAAGUGAGGAGGCUUGAGAUGAAGAGAGCUGAGUAUGUCAAAACCGAAAAGGCCAAGAAAGACGUCGAGAAGUUAGAAUCUCAGCUCAGUGUGUCUUCACAAGCCAUCCAGAGCGCCUCCAACGAGAUCAUCAAGCUCAGAGAAACCGAACUCUAUCCUCAGCUCGUCGAGCUAGUUAAAGGGUUGAUGUGUAUGUGGAGGAGUAUGUAUGAGAGCCACCAGGUUCAAACACAUAUUGUUCAGCAGCUCAAGUACCUCAACACCAUCCCCUCCACUGAGCCGACUUCCGAGCUUCACAGACAAUCGACUCUUCAGCUCGAGCUAGAGAUCCAACAAUGGCAUUUCUCUUUCUGCAACUUGGUCAAGGCCCAGCGUGACUACAUCCAGUCACUAACUGGUUGGCUCAGGUUAAGUCUGUUCCAGUUCAGCAAGAAUCCACUUGUCAGGAGCAGCUACGAGUCAAAGAUCUACAGCUUCUGCGAGGAAUGGCAUUUGGCUAUCGACAGGAUCCCUGACAAAGUAGCAUCUGAAGGGAUCAAGAGCUUUCUGACCGCAGUCCACGGCAUUGUGGCUCAGCAGGCGGAGGAGCAUAAGCAGAAGAAGAGAUCGGAGUCUGUGUUGAAAGACUUUGAGAAGAAAGCGGCUGCGUUGAGAGCGCUUGAGAGCAAGUAUAGUCCGUACUCGGUGCCUGAGAGCAGGAAGAAGAACCCGGUGAUAGAGAAGAGAGCUAAAGUUGAGAUGCUUAAGGGCAAAGCAGAGGAAGAGAAGAGCAAGCAUGAGAAGGCAGUGAGUGUGACUAGAGCCAUGACUCUGAAUAACUUGCAGAUGGGGUUUCCUCAUGUGUUUCAGGCAAUGGUUGGGUUCUCAAGUGUUUGUAUGCAAGCCUUUGAGUCUGUUUACAACCAAGCCAAGUGCAUCGGUGAGGAGCAAGAAGAAGUCAGGAGGUUGCUUCCUUAA